AUGGCAAAAAUCCCUGCGGGGGCGGGUCCCCGUCGGGUCCCCGACCCUAAUGGGGGGAGAUUUUGGGGCCAAAUGGGUAUUGGAGCGGAGACGGGCAAUGUCCCCGAUGGCUACACAUUCACAGCCUUGGCAAAGUCCUGUGGUUUAGAUGUGACCAUCUGGGAAGGGCAAGAACUUCAUUGUCAUGUUAUUAAAGUUGGGUUGUGCUUAGAUUUGUAUGAGUCGACUUCAUUGGUUGAUACGUAUGCAAAGUUUGGGAGGAUGAGUUUUGCAAGUAAGUUGUUCACUGAAAUGACAGUGACAAGUCGAGUAUCGUGGACAGCUCUUAUUUGUGGGUAUGCAAGGUUAGGAGAUAUGGGUAAUGCAAGGAGGCUUUUUGAUCAAAUGCCUGAGAAGGACUUGGCUGCAUUUAAUGCUAUGAUUGAUGGUUAUGUCAAAUUGGGAGAUAUGGGCCCUGCUCGAAGUUUAUUUGAUGAGAUGACGGAUAGGAAUGUGGUAUCUUGGACCAGUAUGAUGUAUGGUUACUGCCAUCAUGGUGAUGUACAAUCUGCUAGAUCACUUUUUGAUGCCAUGGCUGAGAAGAAUCUAAUUUCUUGGAAUGUGAUGAUUGGGGGUUACAGUCAAAACAAACAGCCCCAUGAAGCCUUGAAAUUAUUUCAUGAACUGCAGUCAAAUAUGUCUCUUGAACUGGAUGGCGUGACUGUUGUUAGCAUUCUUCCAGCUAUUGCAGAUUUGGGCGCCUUGGAUUUAGGUCUUUGGGUUCACAAGUUUGUAAGACGGAAGAAGCUUGAUAGGGUAAUCAACAUCUGCACUGCGCUUGUUGAUAUGUACGCAAAACGUGGUGAAAUUACAGAGGCCAAAAGACUUUUUGAUGAGAUGCCUGAAAAGGAAACAGCUUCUUGGAAUGCCUUGAUAAAUGGGUUUGCAGUAAAUGGCCAUGGCAAGGAGGCACUGGAGGUAUUUUUAGAGAUGCAGUGCAAAAAGUUUAUGCCGAACAAUAUAACCUUUAUUGGUGUUUUGUCUGCUUGUAACCAUUGUGGUCUGGUAGAGGAAGGGAAAAGAUGGUUUAAAGGAAUGGAGGGCUUUGGGCUUAUCCGGCAAAUUGAGCAUUAUGGUUGUAUGGUUGAUCUUUUGGGAAGGGCAGGAUGCUUGGAGGAAGUUGAGAAAUUGAUUGAGAGCAUGCCUUACGAUGCUAAUGGAAUAAUUUUGAGUUCUUUUCUUUUUGCAUGUGGCCAUUCUGAGGAUGUCACAAGGGCCAACAAAGUUUUAAAGAAGGCAGUCAAAGUGGAGCCAUGGAAUGAUGGAAAUUAUGUCAUGCUCAGAAAUUUGUAUAUCAAGAAGAGAAGGUGGAGUGAUGCAGAGGAAAUUAAGAGGUUGAUGAGGAAGAAUCGAGCAAAUAAAGAGGUUGGUGGUAGUGUGAUAGAGGUUGAUGGUAGAAUCAAGGAGUUUGUGUCUGGUGACAGGGUGCAUGCGUAUUCUGAAGCUAUACAUUUAACCUUGCGGCAGACGUGGAAGCACAUGAUGGGUGAUUUUAUAGAAAAGGGGUGAAUUGCUUGAGUCUAGAGAAAAAAAUAUGCAUAACCCAUACCAACCCCUCCCCCUUCAUCAGUCGUAGUUUAUGUACAGGGUAACCUGAAAAAUAUGUAAGGGCCCUUUUGAGGAACUCUUCAAAUGGCAGCCGGGCAUGGGGUUUAUUGAGAAAGGCAUUUGGAACUUGGAAGCUUGAGAUUGCUACCAAUUAUUUGGCAGAGAAAAGUUUUGAACAGUCCAAAUACCAAUUUUCUUUGAACUUGUGACAGAGAACAUUCCCUUCGUAUUGUACUCUCUCUACAGUGUAGAUCUAUUGGUGUAUACGGGGAGGUUAACUAUGUAUCAAUUUAUACGGAAAAACAUUGGAAUAUAUAAGGGGAAGCAGAGACUCUUCCCAUUAAUCA